AUAGACACAGACUAUCGUACCCGGACCGCCUUCGAUGUCGUGAUGAGCAUGUAUCGAGAAGAUCCCGCCGAAGUCGCCAUGAACGUCACUCGCAUCCUCAACACCUCUUCCGUCCCGCCUGACUACCGUAUCUGGAUCUACAUGAAAGCCGACGAUGUCGACAUCCAUGCUCUCGCCUCCCACUUCCCUCCCGGCAGAACCCACAUCAUCAAACGCCCCAAAAUCGGCCGCGACAGCGAAACUCACCUCCAUCACAUCCUCUCCAAAUGGGACGACCUAGCUCGACACACCCUCUUCAUGCAAGCCGGAGGAGACGAGUACCCAGGCUUCCCUGAAAUCCUCCAGCGCAUGGAGCCCUCCUUCUCACCAUCGGAAACCGGCAUGCUCAAUCUCGGCUCCGUAGACAUUUGGGACUGUAAAGCCUGCACACACGCAUCCUGGCACGACUUCUCCGGCCUCUUACCUCAAACCUACGCCCUCGCGAACCGCAAUCAUGCAGAAUGUGAAUGGCUUCUCAUGUCCUCUCAAGCACAAUUCAUCGCAUCUGCGGCCAGGAUCCGUGGU